AACAGCGCCAUGGACGACUGGAGCGAUGGAAUCAGCAGCGAGAUCGCGGCGCUAGCAGAAGGACACUCGCUCGAGGACGAUUCGUUGCAGAAACGGACAGCCGAAACGUGGGCACAAGACCAAGCCAAGCGAAAACGUGCCAAGAGCGCGCUCGACCACGCGGCUCAUCCAAAUUCAUUUGCUUCUUUAGCGAAUCAGUUGACUUCAAUGCACAACGACGAUGGCGGCGACACGACAGACAACAUCAAGCGGGACGCAAUGGACGUCGCUUCUACGAUUGUCAUUCCUGUGCCAAAACGCCCACACGCGCGGAAGAGCAGCAUUGACAUGCAGAUCAUCUACCGGGAGGAGCAAGAUACGAUUGACCUCCUGGGAGAGACAGAAGACGUCGAGUUCGCGUCGCAGGUGGCCAAUUCUGCGCACAACUUGACCGAGACUCAACCUGAGUCAGUGUCGGCCGUGUACAAGCGGAUCAAGUUGCAUCCUCACGUCGUUGCGAACCUCUCGCCCAAGUUUCUCGCCAGAUUGGUGCAGUUCAAAGUGGACGAAUUUGAAAUCGGUCCUAUGUGCCCGUCUGUGACCCUCCGUCGGGAAACCUUCGCUCUCGCGGCCAAGGACUGUCGCGAGGCCACGAUGUUUGCGUUCAAGAAGAUGAGCAAGGAGCAUCUCUCGUUCGAGCUACAGCAGGAGCCAGGUGGGCGGUACCAGGUCUACGCAGUCGACAAGCACACGUCAAAUGGCACCAAAGUUGAAGGGGAAGCCAUCCCUCGCGGGGGCAAAGUUCUGCUGCAGCACAAUCAAUCUGUGGCGAUCUUGAGUUCGGGAGCUGGCACGAUUCUCCUCGGAUACAUCGUCGAGGAUCCCCACGUGCUCAUGGCGCAGCACAUUGCGCCCAAGGGCCACGCGCACGCCAGCGCAGUUCAAGCGCUGCCGACCGUCCAUUUACAGGAGAACGUCCUUGGCGUUCUGUUCGCGGCCCCGCUGGUCGGAAAAGACCACCAAGGCAACUGCCAUCCACUGGACGAACUGGAUUUGGCCAAGGAGUACAACAACCUCAAGGACGCGCUCAUUGAUGCGUCCAAGCGGAUGAAAUUGAAGCCGUCGGACCCAUCCGUGACGGAAGUAUCGCGGGAAGUGACGCUGUCGGUGCAUUUUGCCACAUCCGACAGCCUCCGGUCGCUCAUGACGCUCGGAUGCCGCGCGCUUCACUUUUCCGGCCACGGCAGCCCCCAGCAUUUGUACUUUGAAGAUGGGCUCGGAACGGUGCACCCGAUUCCGAUCAACGAUCUCAAAAACUUGUGCAUCUCCAAGAACUCGCCGCUCCGCCUCGUCGUUGUUCAGGCAUGCUACUCGCACAACGUCGCGACGGCAUUCUUGUCGUGCGGCAUUCCCCACGUGAUCGCGAUCAAGUUUGACCAAAAGAUCGAGGACAUUGCGUCCUCUGUGUUUACCAAAGCGUUUUACACGGCGUUGGCGACAGGACACGCCGUAAACGAGAGCUUCUACAUCGGACAGGAAGCUGUUCGGUCGAGCCCUCGCCUGGCGCAGGCGGCAGAGGCGGCGUGCAAGUUUGUGCUCCUUCCAGACGGCGCCGACCACUCGGAAGUUAUAUUCCCGACGCUCGACGUCAAAACGAGUGCUGCUCCCACGAUGGUGCCAAAUCCGACGCGGUUUCCCGUGCUAUGGGGCAGCACCAAGCUGCCCGCGGCGUGCCCGCACUUUUGCCAUCGCACGAUCGAGCAGUACCAUGUAAUCCAUGAGCUCGUCAAGGAGCAGCCCAGCGUUAGCCGGUACGUGUGGAUUUCUGGGCCUGAAGGAGUUGGCAAGACGCAGCUCGCAUAUGCGUGCUGUCGAUACAUGCAUCCACGACGAUAUUUUGCGGGAGGGAUUCGGUUCAUUUCUGUCCAUCAGCUCGUGUCGACGAAAUCGUCGAUGGCCACUCGUCAAGCGGUGGCCCCCGACGCGAUUCAGCAUGUCUUGACCAAUUUGCGAGUCCAAAUCGAUGCGUUUGUCCGGGAAACGGAAACGGGGCCGUACGAGUCUCGUCCAUGUGUGUGCACGUGAUCUUUCCUGGCAUGUAGGAGUCAAGUGACGGGGGGAACGCUCAAGCGAAUGCUUGUGGUGCUGGACGAGUGCGACGCGGUCAUUUCGACGGACGCGGACCAGCGCAGCUUUGCCAGCGUCGUGCACAACGUCUUGACCAACCACUUUGCGCUCAAGUUGAUCCUCACCGCGCGCACCAACAUCGUGUCGGAUCGGCUGCAAACUCACGGUGGGAGUCCAUAUCGCCUUGGCUGUUUGACCGCAAACAAGUCGGCCGACCUCUUGCGACGCCACAUCACACGCAAGCUCAGUCUGAAUGAAGUCCAGUUGUCGCCGCUGGCCGGGACGAUGCAGCACCCAAACCCGAUGGAGAACCUCACGCGAGUUGUCGCGGCCCAUCCCCUCAUCGAGCGAACGCAAGGCUUGCCGAAAGCAAUCGUCCAGCUCGCAUCGCGCAUCAAUGCGGCGUCGUUGACUCUCGAUCAGCUCGCGGCGCAGUUCUCGACGAGUUUGUGAGCGGCGCUUGUCCAUACUCGUCCAACUUCUCAAGCGUUGUCGAGCAUCGUGAACAACGCACGGACUCGCCACGAAUGCGCAUGGACGUGAGAGGCCGAUGAUUGUGCCGAGAAUAACUUAAUUCGACUAACUUUCGACUGGUCCCUUGUGGAGGAAGGAAUCGACCGUCGAUGGGCUUCGAUGGGUUGUGGCUGACUAUGGUCAAGCUCGGGUCGUGGCAUCGUUUGGCGCGCCUUGGAUGGAUCGGGCGGCUGGGGUCUCGGUCGACUUUGGCAACGACUGGAGGAACUCGACCAGACACUCGGCCACUUCCCAGUGCCGCUCUUGAUGAACGAUGUGGCCAGCAUCGUCGACGACCUUGACCCGCAAGUGGGGCUUGAUCUUUGCUUUCACGACCUGCGUGAUAAGCACACGAGUGAGUUUAUGUGGAAGAGCAUGGAGUACCUCGAGGCACGAUAUAUCGAGAAUCUUGUCAUGGUUCCCCCACACCACCAGGCAUGGCCGGUGGAUCUUGUCCAAGCAAUCGUCCAGCACAGACGCGUCCAAGAGGAUGUCCCGCAUGAGCUUCUCCAGCGCGUCGCGGCGUUUUUCCUGGGUCAUUUAGUUGAGCAAGUGCUGACCCCACGUUCCUCUGUCAC